AUGUUCAAGUUCAAGUGUGACCCUGUCUACCUCCUAGACUUUUACUGCUACAAGCCGUCCGAGGAGCUGAUGGUGUCGAUGGUGGACAUCGAUGCCGCAUGGAACGAGAAGCGCAAGCAGGAGGGCAGCAUCUUCGGCAAGCAUGAAGUAACGGCGGAGGAGGCCGCUAAGGCGGACGCGGAGGCCCAGGACAUCAUCGACUUCCAAUAUCGCGUCUGGCAGAAGGCAGGUCUGUCCGACAACGCCACCUACCUGCCAAAGUCCAUCCACCCCAAGUUCUGUGGUAACACACCCCGCACCGAUCUGAACGCCUCCGCGGAGGAGUGCCGCAUGGCGGUGUGCGGCGCAGUGGAGGGCGUGCUGAAGAAGACGGGUCUACGCGCCACCGACAUCGACUUCCUCAUCACCACCACGUCAAUUUACUGCCCCACGCCUUCCAUCUCGUCUAUGGUGGUCAACGCAUUUAAAAUGCGCAAAGACGUCAACUCCUACCACCUGGGCGGCAUGGGCUGUGCCAACGGGGUAGUGGCGGUCAACCUGGUGGCGGACCUGCUCAAGGCGCAUCCUGGUUCCAUUGCGCUUUUCGUUACCAACGAAACGACCACUCCCGCCUUUUACAAAGGCCGGGACAAGCAUCGCCUGGUCACCAACGUGCUGUUUCGGUUGGGGGCUGCGGCCAUGAUCAUCACCAACAAGCCCUCCUUGGUGCGCAAGGCCAAGUACCUGCUGGAGCAACGAGUGCGGGUGCAUAUCGGGGCAACGGAUGACGCGUACAGGUGUAUCUGGUACGGCCCAGACGAGGAAGGUCUCAACGGCAUUUACCUGGGCUUGAACGUUGUCAAGGAGGCGUCCAAGGCUCUUACGCUGGCUAUGACGAAGGUGGGUUCCAAGAUUCUCAACUGGGACCAGAUCGCCGCCUUCGCCUGGAACCGCAUCCAGCGUAAGGUCCUCAAGAAGCCCGGAGUGGAGCCGUUCAUCCCCUGCUUCUCCGAUUGCAUCCAGCACUUCCUCAUUCACGCAGGGGGCGCCAAGGUGUUGGAUAAUAUCGGCAAGAACCUGAAGCUCUCGGAGCGCUAUCUGUGGCCCUCCCGCACCGUGUUGCGCUACUUCGGCAACGUGUCCAGCUCCACCACCUGGUACACGCUGUCGUGCGUGGAGAGCCUGCGGGGAGUACGGCGGGGCGACAAGGUCCUGCAAAUUGGAGUGGGUAGCGGCAUCAAAUGCGGCGUCAACGUAUGGCGGGCCCUACGCGACAUCGAGGAUGUGCAUGACGCCUGGCGAAUGCGUGCCGACGCCGGUGACCGCACCCGUCUGGCCAAUGUCUCCCACGGCAGUCUCCACAUCGCCCUCCGGCUGCUGUCCCUGGCCAUCUUGGCGGUGCUGGUGGCGGUCCUGUACCGCUUCUUCGUCGAGAAGGGCGGCAUUGUGCUGCCAGAGGACGGCAUCAUCUCGCGCUUCUGGUAA